AUGGCCAGCUCUACGAACCCAGACCUGGACCAUCAGCAUGACCUGAACCAGCCACAGGGGGGUUCGCCACAGGGUCAUCAUGGAGACGCGGAGGCAUUCCAAGACCAUGAAAGUUAUGCUCCCCGUCGGAUUCAUAAAGAUGGCGAAUGGCAAGAAAAGGCAUCAUCCACGUUGGGUGCGUUCCAACGACGGGCUUCGGCUGCAACCGAAAGGAGGACCACGUCGCGGUCCAGCAAUCGCGCCCUUGAGAGUCGCUUCGCCGAUGAUCUAGAGCUUCUACGAGCUGAGCGUUCCGUCUCCAACCAAGAGCAUGACGUAGCGGAAGGGCAUUCUAAAACUCGAGUUCUUGACGAAGACCAAGAGGAUGCCUUCAACCCAAUCGUGCACAAGGAGGAGAAGACCAGCAAACGAAACAAGAAUACGAAAAUCUGCAAACUCUGGGCGUCCGUGAAAAAGUUUCCCCGAUUCGUUCGAUAUAUAGUUUACCUGGUUCCGGGUGCCCUUGCGAUACUCAUCCCAACCCUGAUUGGCAAAUACAGUAAAGACAAUAUCUUUGUCGGUGAUAAACGCGGCGUCGACCUGAUGUGGCUCGGCAUUUGGAUCGAAAUCAUGUGGUGUUCUGCGUGGAUAUCGCGGAUGAUUACCUGCUUGAUGCCUCAGGUUUUCCACGGCAUUGCCAGCCUACUUGGGGCGGUGAGCGCAAAGAGAUGGAGAGACAUGGGUGUCCGACUGGAAGUACACACCGCCGUCUUUCUCUGGUUUCUCGCCAUUCUCAUUUCGUUUGAAUCGAUCAACAAUCACCGGGAAGAAAAACUGGACGGGGAGGAUCCUGAAAAUUAUUGGGUCGAGAUUGUUAACAAAGUAGUCAUCGCCUUGUUUGUCCUUUCCACCCUUAAUUUCGUGGAAAAGCUUCUUAUGCAAUGGAUUUCCACCUCCUUCCAUGAACGCACCUACUCUACCAGAAUUGAAAACAGCAAAGCGGACGUCGCGCACCUGGUCCGCCUAUACGAGUAUGCAAAGGACAAGCUUGGGGAGACAGGUCAGCAUGAGCUCGGUAAAAGCAACCGGACGGGGACUGGUGGACAAAGUUCCAUGGCCAAUUUUCAAGAAGGUGCACGCAAUGUUUUGAGCAAAUUGGCCCACAUUGUCCACAAGAUUGCAAAUGAUUUGAUUGGCAGAAAAGUAAAUACCGACUUUGCUCACAAAGUCGUUUCCGAGUUGCUUCGAGACACUCCUUCAGCGCUUAGCUUGGCUCGCCUCAUUUACCGCAGUUUGGUGCGAGAGGACCGCGAAAAUGUCGACGCCGAGGACAUGAGUGCGGUGUUUGCCACCAAAAAAGAAGCCGAUGCUGCGUUCGCCGUCUUUGACAGGAAUUUCAACGGUGACGUCUCCAUGGAGGAGUUUGAAGCCGUCUGUAAUGAUAUUCACCUCGAAAAGAAAGCUAUUGCUGCAUCUCUCAAAGAUUUAGACUCUGUCGUUGAAAAACUCGACAAGGUGUUCAUCUUCAUCAUCAUCAUCAUAUCCGCCAUCGUUUUCGUCGCCAUCUAUUCCAAGGCCACGGCAGCUGGCCUAGCAUCAGUCAGCACGGCUGUUCUCGGCUUCGCCUGGGUCCUGCAGGCCACGGCGCAGGAGUUUUUGCAGUCCAUCAUUUUCGUUUUCGUCAAGCACCCUUUCGAUGUUGGAGACCGCGUGACCAUCUACGGUUCCACCGGUGCCACCAUGAGAGGCGACGACUACUAUGUGACGGAAAUUUCUCUCUUGUAUACGGAGUUCAAGAAACUCCAAGGCCACAUAGUUCAGGCUCCCAACUCGAUUCUCAAUACCCUCUUCAUUCUUAACCAGCGCCGGUCCAACGGCAUUUCGGAUGCCAUUCCCCUGGAAUUCAAGUUUGGCACUCCAACUUGGAUGAUUGAUGAACUCAAGGCACGCAUGCUCGAAUUUUGCCUGGCCAACAAGCGCGACUACCAACCGACUGUUAUUGCUGAAAUGACUGGUGUAGAGGACGUCCGCGCAUGCAAAAUGAAAAUCGUAUUCAUGCACAAGAGCAACUUCCAGAAUGAACUUCUGCGCCUCAAUCGCCGCAACAGGUUUGUUACAGAGCUUUUAUCGCAGAUGGAGCAGAUUGGCAUUGAAACACCCCUGCGUGUUGACCCCGGUGGCAGCAAGGAGCAUCCCCUGUACUAUGCUGGAAGUAGCCCGCCAGCGGAUGUCAACAGCAAGCAGCAGUCCGACGACGACCCGGCAAUGACGGCACAAGCGCCAGCUCCCACGCGAAGCAGCAUGCAGCGCCUCCACAGUCACAGUACCCGAGGGAGUCGAAGCUCCAUCUCAACUGAGGAGGCAAUCGUUCGUUUCCAAGAUGUGUUUGAAACCCGACGAGAAAAUGCGCAAGAUCGACGCUUGAAGUCUAUUUGGGAGAAAGAAGAAGGCUCCCGGUCGAGGGACGUCGAUGAGGAACGUCAAGUUUCAACGACGGGCGCUGCUCUCUCGCCAACCCAAUCCAUCGAGUCUACUUCGCGCGCACGAUUUUUCGACCGUUACCGACGCCGAGCCAAGACUUUGCAAACUCACCCGAGGCCAGACAUGGUUUGA